UUCUGCUUCGGGAAAACACCAAAUGGCGGAUGACGCCGGUGCAGCGGGAGGGCCCGGAGGACCUGGGGGCCCGGGAUUAGGCGGCCGCAGCGGCUUCCGCGGAGGCUUCGGCAGUGGCCUCAGGGGCCGCGGUCAUGGUCGAGGCCGUGGUCGAGGCCGCCGGGCUCGUGGAGGAAAAGCCGAAGACAAGGAGUGGAUCCCCAUCACCAAGCUGGGCCGCCUGGUUAAGGACAUGAAGAUCAAGUCCCUGGAGGAGAUCUAUCUGUUCUCCCUGCCCAUUAAGGAAUCCGAGAUUAUUGAUUUUUUUCUGGGCGCAUCUCUAAAGGAUGAAGUUCUAAAAAUCAUGCCCGUACAGAAGCAGACUCGGGCUGGCCAGCGCACCAGGUUCAAGGCUUUUGUCGCUAUUGGGGACUACAACGGUCAUGUUGGUCUUGGUGUGAAGUGCUCCAAGGAGGUAGCCACAGCCAUCAGGGGGGCCAUUAUCUUGGCCAAGCUUUCCAUUGUCCCUGUGCGGAGAGGUUACUGGGGGAACAAGAUUGGCAAGCCCCACACUGUCCCAUGCAAAGUGACAGGCCGCUGUGGCUCUGUGUUGGUGCGUCUCAUCCCUGCCCCCAGAGGCACUGGCAUCGUCUCUGCUCCUGUGCCCAAGAAGCUACUGAUGAUGGCUGGUAUUGAUGACUGCUACACGUCAGCCAGGGGCUGCACUGCCACCCUGGGCAACUUUGCCAAGGCCACCUUUGAUGCCAUCUCCAAGACCUACAGCUACCUGACCCCUGACCUCUGGAAAGAGACUGUGUUCACCAAGUCUCCUUAUCAGGAAUUCACGGACCAUCUUGUGAAAGCCCACACCAGAGUCUCUGUUCAGAGGACCCAGGCUCCAGCUGUGGCCACCACAUAA